UUCUAGCUUGGAAACUGUAUUACCACAGUUACCUACUAAAUGAGUUUUUGUGCAUGUAGCCAUAUUUUCUAUUAGGAAUAAGAUUGCGUGGUGAUAGUACGUGCACUAAUUGAUAUUUAUUGAGAGCUACCCAGCUUUCCAGAGUUCAGUUAGCCUACAUUCUUGAUAGACCAGCUGUAGUUUGAAUGAGGAUGGAAGCGCCCGUGUAUGUUUGAAUACUCAGUCCCUAGUUAGUGGAACUGUUUGGGAAGGAUUAGAGAUGUGGCCUUGAAGGAGGUGUGUCAUUAAGGAAAAGAACCAAAUUAAUAGAGUUAUUACAAGAGUCAUCGGUGAAAUCCAGAGUGUUGUAAGAACACACAUCAAAAUCCAUGUUCCACUUAAUUGGAAAGGCUAAAAGAAAUGGAUGGAUUUCUUUUUUUCCUUUUUUUCUGGUUUUUGACACAGGGUUUCUCUGUAGCCUUGGCUGUCCUGUACUCACUUUGUAAACCAGGUUGACCUUGAACUUACAGAUAUUUGCCUGCAUCUGCCUCCCUGAGUGCUGGGAUUAAAGGCAUGCACCACCAUGCCCAGCUUGGAUGAAUUUCUUAAUGCAUAUGGUCUACCAAAGUUAAGAUAUUUUUAAAAAUUAGAUACAUCAAAAGAAAUGACAUUUUAAAACCUCCCAUCCAAAACAAAACCAAGCAAACAAGUUUAAGCCCAGAUUGAUUUGCCAUAGGACUUUAGCAGAACAUCUUUGUAGCAAAAUCUCUGAAGAUACUGGGAAUACAAGGUAACCUAGCACAAUCAAAGCUAUAUAUGUCAAACUUAUAGUCAGCAUUAUAUUCAAUGGGGGAAAACCUCAGAAUUUCCACUAAAAUCAAGAUCAAGAGUAACUGUUCUUUUCAACAGUUAUUUCAUGCAAUACCUUGCAGUCUCAGAACUGUAAGAUGACAUAAAAGGGGCACAGAUUAAAACAAAAUGGAAAAAUUAUCAUGUUUUCAAAUGAUGCACUUCUGUAGAUAAGAUAUCCUAAAGAAAAAACACAGCAAAGUUGCAGGAUACAAAACUAACCUGUCAAAACCUUCCUGCCUUAAUGUAUACCAGUAACAAAAAUACCAUACAGAAACUUGGUAAAUAAUCUCAUUUGUAACAGACUAAAAAAAAACAUAUCCCGAACUAUACAUAAGCAAGGAAGUAAAAAGGCUUAUGCAAUGAAACGUUUAAAACAGGGUAGAAAAAAGUUGAAGACACUAGAAGGCAGAAAGACCUUACUCAUGGAUCAGCAUAUCGUGAAGAUGGCUAUAAUGCCAAAAUCAAUCUAUACGUUCAUUGCAAUUUCCAACAACUUUUCAACAAUGCUCUUCACAAUGUUUUUUUUGUUUUUUUUUUUUUAAAUCACACGGAAGUGCAUAGAUCCUGGAUAGCCAAAGCUAUUUUGAGGGAAAAAGAAUUCUGGGGUUAUCACCAUGGCUGGUUUUAAAUGAUAAUAAACGUAGCCCCAGCAGUGGCUUGAGGAACUAUGCCUAGUGGCCAGGAAAUGCCCCUUACCGAAGCUCGCUCUCUCUUUUCUUUUGUUAGAUGGGAGUGAUAAAAGGCAGUCACUUGCCGUAUUGUUUUUGAAAAAAAGAUUAAGCAAAACAGUUCCGUGUGACGUCACCGGGCAUCUACAUAUUGCUCUCCCAGAACAAUACCAACGCCUUGCUGGCUUUCGUGAAGACUCCAUUUGCAGCACUUUAUUGUGAAGCCAGCAUCUUUUGCAGAUCUCUCUCUGACCUUAAAGAUGGAGACUCGGUGGCUAAUACUUGCCUGUAUGGGGUUUUCUGCCAGCCAGUCUAUUGCAUGUACAGGGGUCUGGUCUCCAGUUAGGUAACCUUCACAGAGUAGGGAUUGUGCCUCUCCCCAUGACACAACCCCACCCCCCACAAACCUGCGUUUUCGUGUUUAUCCCUGGCCCCUCUGUCUCCAUCUCUGUCUCGGUCUUCCCCGCCUUGUCUCCCUCCCCAACCCCUCUCGUGUGCGUUUGUGUGUGUGUGUGUCUGUGUGUCCACCAGAGUUUCCAGGCUCUGGCCUUUCCAAAGUACAAGUAUUAAGACACACCGGUAAGCCACUGUAGCGGAAAGACAAAGAACGGGUCACUGAACUAGGCAGAAUUUUAAUCGGUUUGAGGAAGCGAAGGGGAAAAGAAUUAUUUCGGCAGAGAAUCAUUAGCUGGAAAAUCCAUCCGUGCGCACCUAGAAGGCUAGAAACAUUUUGUCUUGGAUGCGCCUCAGAGGUUGUGUUUUGCAACAACCUAGAGGCAGACCACUAGGUGGCAGUGCAAACACGACUCUUAGACUUCAUGCCCGGCAGCAAGUUGCAGGAGACCUCAACCCAGCAGGUCAAGAGAGGUGGCGAUCUGGGCUGGAGGGAGGAGGCUGUUUAAAGGCAGAGUGGUGAGGUGCUGGGCUAGAUUGGGAGGAGACUGCGCCCUAGCCCUGGCGAUGGCCCUGCUCUGUCGCCGAGGUCCACGCAGGUGAACAUCAGGUGCCCUGGCAGAGUGGAGCGUACAGUGAGAGCGCCUGAGCCUGAGCCGGUACCCAGACACAACUCUUCCCCAGAAAACGCCGGAUACCUCUACGUGGAGGAGAGCAGAAUGGUAAAUCUGAUGCCAAGAAGCGGAGGCCUUUUCUUCCAGCAAUGAACUCCGCAUCUCACCUGCCUUCCUUGAAUCUUACCCUGAAUGCCUCAGAGGACACUUCAGGACCAAAUGUCAGCAAAUCUUCACCCUGUGAAGACAUGGGAAUUGCCGUGGAGGUGUUCCUGACUCUGGGUAUCAUCAGCCUCUUAGAGAACAUCCUGGUCAUUGGGGCCAUAGUGAAGAACAAAAACCUGCACUCACCUAUGUACUUCUUUGUGGGCAGCCUGGCAGUUGCGGACAUGCUGGUGAGCAUGUCUAACGCCUGGGAGACCAUCACCAUUUACUUGAUAAAUAAUAAACAUCUGGUGAUAGCCGACACCUUUGUGCGUCACAUUGACAACGUGUUUGACUCCAUGAUCUGCAUUUCGGUGGUGGCCUCCAUGUGCAGUCUGUUGGCCAUCGCAGUGGACAGGUAUAUCACCAUCUUCUAUGCCUUGCGCUACCACCACAUCAUGACGGCACGGCGCUCCUGGGUGAUGAUCGCGUGCAUAUGGACCUUUUGCAUAAGCUGUGGCAUCGUUUUCAUCAUUUACUAUGAAUCCAAGUACGUCAUCAUCUGCCUCAUCUCCAUGUUCUUCACCAUGCUGUUCUUCAUGGUGUCUCUCUAUAUCCACAUGUUCCUCCUGGCCCGGAACCAUGUCAAGAGGAUAGCAGCCUCCCCCAGAUACAGUUCUGUGAGGCAAAGGACCAGCAUGAAGGGUGCCAUUACCCUCACCAUACUGCUGGGGAUUUUCAUUGUGUGCUGGUCUCCCUUCUUCCUGCACCUUAUCUUAAUGAUUUCAUGCCCUCAGAACAUCUAUUGCUCCUGCUUUAUGUCUUACUUCAACAUGUACCUUAUACUCAUCAUGUGCAAUUCUGUGAUUGAUCCUCUGAUCUAUGCCCUCCGCAGCCAAGAGAUGCGGAGGACCUUAAAAGAGAUCAUUUGUUGUCAUGGCUUCAGACAAACUUGUAGGCUCCUUGGCAGGUAUUAAACACCUCCCCCUCUCUAGGUCUCUCGUCUCUCAGUCAUUUAGGUUCAGUCAGAGGAUGAGCAGGGUCUUGAAGAAUCCCAAAUGUAUUCUCCUUUAUCUCUUUUGCAGCUCGAACCUUUUUUUUUCCCCUUCUGUUUUUAAAUUUAUGGUCAUUGUGUUUCCAAAGUCUGACAUGUGGAUCAUCUCCAUUCUGAGAACAGGCUUUGACAAUUGUCUCUCUACAUCUUACUCUUUCUCUACUCCCCAUCCCAUUUGUAGGAGGUUUCACCAUCCUCUACCUGUCCUGGUAAGUGACCUCAACAUCCUGGGUGAGCAAUUAUCAAAAGAAACACUGAGGAGGUCUGUGUCACCAUGAGUGACUUCGUUUGUUUGUUUGUGUGUUUUGUUUUUCUCAUGAUGUGGUUCAUUUUUGUUGAAUGUACCUUUUGUAUUCUUUUCAGGAAUGGCAAGACGUCCAGCCCCUUUUCAUUUGAAAUUUCUGUUUUAUUUGCUAUGAUUGUUUCUACAGAUCUACUAACCUAGACUUCUGGUUUAUGGCUUGUCUUUAGAAUUGUCUGAGGAUCAGCCUUAACUACUACACUAUUAUAUAUAUGCUAUACUAUACAUACAUACAUAUACAUAUAUAUAUAUAUAUAUGGUAUGUUGUAUAUGUGCUACUGUACCUGCACUUCUGUCCAUCAUAGUUUUGGACUUACUCAGACAUAAAAAGUCUAUGCUACAAACUUUGCUUUGUGUUGUGAAAGUCCCUAUGACAUUCGGUGUCCUGUUUUGACUCAAUUCAGCAUUCCUGUGAAAUGUUUUGGGGUCACGUCAGGGGCUCUAGGUACAUAUCCACCUUCUCUCCAUUUAGCACAUGGCCAUAGUCAAACUAGAUUGGUUUUCUCACACAUAGUCUUUCAGCAUCUCCUGGUGUCUGAAACUUUGUCACUGUAUGCUUCCCAGUGUCUUAACCUGCCUCUAGCAACCAUUUUAAAGGCCCAGUCUGCAGCAAAGAAAUAGCAUUUUCUCCAGUCUGAAAUGGAGGAAAGGAAUACAGGCUCAGGCUCUAACUAUGCCAUCACCAGCCAUGUAUAUGUCCUUAAUUUCACCACAUCUGUGCUGACCUCCCAGGAUGGCCGAAAGAACUACCUGAAAACUGAAAAAAAAAAAAGGGGGGGGAGAACUUCUUGUAAAAUUUGAAAAAUAUAGAAUGAUUUUUAAAUUGAAAAGCACUGAUCCACAUGGGAUAAUGAAAACAAACCUGAAGGAAGGACGCAGGCGUUAGUGGCCAGAGCAGUGCUGUGGAUGCCAAGAGACUUGCUUUGCUCAGCACAGCCAAGGGCUCGCAAGUCCCAGCGUUCUCAUCUGAAAUGAGGGGGUGAGUCCCCACAGCUCGCAGGUUCCACUUUGCAGUAGGAUCUUGGUAUUAGUGUUUUCCCUUUUGUUAGAUACUUGUCAUCUAGACUGUUUCAAAAUGAAAGAAAAAAGUGUAAAUAAAACAAUGAACAUAGAAGUCAGCCCAUGGUGAACUACUGGUGUAAAAGGGGCCUUUUCUACAGAAGAAUUUCAGAAGAGAAAACCUUUGUUUUUGUUUUUCCAAGAUAGGGUUUCUCUGUACAGCCUUGGCUGUCCUGGACUCACUUUAUAGACCAGGCUGGCCUCGAACUCACAGAGCUCCUUCUCAGUCUCCCAGAGUGCUGGGAUUACAGGCAUGCUCCACUGUGCCUGGUGCAGAAUAACUUUUGAGUACAAGUGCAUAAUUAGCUUGUGGGCACAAGCAGCCACUCCUCUAAGAGCUCAGUAUAGGGGGAAAAAAUGGUUCUGGGAUUAACAGCAAAGUAGUGAGAUGUCCAAAUCAUUACAAGAUGGCAAACAAGCAGGUUGUUGGCAACUGAUUUGAAAAGAGCCUCUAGCCUUUCAAAAUGUGUCCUGUUCAUAUUUGCUGAAUACUCACAGGCAGGAAGUAAAAGUUCUCAUUGUAACCCUUACAGGAAGCGGAAUCAAGCGUUGCCGUGGAUGUCACAGGGCUAUGGGUUGUCUGCAGGCUUCCUCACCUCUGUCCUAGGCAAGCACUUGCAGGGGUUGUAAUUCCUGUGUUGAAUCUUCUGACUAUCAUCCUUGAGGAUCGAGCACGGUGAUUAGAGUUGCAAUCACAGGGGUAGAAGGCGACGUUGAUCUCGGUUACACUGCUCAACUCUCAACACUCAACUCUCACUAGGCUAAUUCUCUGCUCUGGGUGCUAAAUGGCUCCUAUAAAUUCUUACCUUUAGAUUAAUGUAUUUACGAACGCACUAGACUACAUUUUAAUCUCUAUGUAAACAAAAUAGCCUUCGUGUUCAAAUGUGGUUACGUUUAGGAAAAUACAUGUAUGUGGUAACUUGUUAAAUAUAUGCAAAUGAGCCAACCUCUGGCACUCAAAAUGAAGUCCCUUUAACAGGAAAAGAACACACAUGCAUGUCAGACAUGUGGCAUUGCGUGUCAACUUUAUGUUUCUGUGGGAAAUAUAUUUGCUGUAAAUAUGUGUCAGAGAAAUCGUUAGUGAAGUACAAGUAUGAUUCAAUUAAAACAUACUAUUAAAUAUAUAUAUAUAAAAUAAAAUGGAUGGAUUAAAUUGUACAUUUGAAUUGGUCAUUCAGAUAUGUGAGAUUUGGAGGGGUUUUUUGUUGUUUGUUUGUUUGUUUUAUUUUAUUUUAUCUUUCUGGAAAGUUUCUGGUAGGUAUUACCAAAUGAGAAUGUACAUACAUUGGGGAAUUUCACUUCACAGGAUUUAUUGCCUAUUGUACUGAUAUUUGAAGUUAUG